AUGAAGCAAAGCAUAGCAAGGAACUAAGAAGAGUAAGGCUUCUAUCUUUAGUACGACAGAUGCAUAAAGUAGCACCACUCUUCUCCUAAAAUUUUUAUAUGCGUUGAUGAUAGUUGCAAAAAUAAAAGCCUUUUAUGCCACUAUUGCAUUAACGAUUCUUUUCACAAUUACACCAAUAUCAAUUAAUAAAAUUGUGUUCCUGAAAAUUAGAAAAUGAACCAUAAAGGGCACAAGGUGAUCCCUAUCGAAGAGUACAUAAGUACUUUUCAUAGCAUCUAUUACAACUAAAAGGUUAAAUAGCCAACAGCUUUGAACGAUUUUUUUAACUUGACUCAAACAACUGAGUUCUCCUAACAAUAGCAAUAGCCUGCAAGGGGUAAUAAUUCUCCUUCUAGUUUCUAGAGUAGCGACUGGAAAGAUAGCUUUUAGUAAAAAUAUAUAAAUUAUUUAAAAUGUAUCAGGAAUCAGAUUAUGGAUAUUUACCAAUUUGUAGAGGAAUAAAUACAGUAAGCGGAAAAGAUUACUAACCAUUGCUUUAAUAAUCUUUAAAGUUAUGAGAAGAAACUACAAGAAUGUUAUAAUUAAUUUGAAAAGAAAAAUGAAGCUGUUUCUAGUGAAGUUGUUUAGCAAUUUGUGAAUAAUUCUUUUCAUUUUUUGAUAGAUAAUUAAUCAAGGCUCAAAGAUCAAGCAAAUGGUGGUGGAUUCGUAGAACUGCAAGAAUAUAGUUAAGGCGAUUAAACAUUUUAAGUCAUGACAUAAAAAGACAUUUAAAUGAAAAUUAUUUAGUAAUUCAAUCACAUAAAAAAAAUUUCUGAUUAUUUCUUCACUCUUUCAAAUGAAAUACGCAAGAAAUUCCGAAAUGGUUUGAUUUCUGCUCCUUUCUAUGAAAGCCCUAUCAUUCAAAAAAAUCAAAACUAAAGUAAUUAAUUGAGUGCAGAAGAUAUCUUAAUGAAAUUUUCUAAUAAUUAAUUCUUUGCUUCUAAACAUAUUGAGUCUACUUAAUAAGUUUCUUAAAUUGGCCAGUAAAAUAUUGCACCUAGCUCAUCUUCUUUUAGCAAUUUUGCGAAUAGUUAAAACUCACCAGAAAAUUUAUUCUCUGCCAGAACUGCAUAGUACAAGAUUUCUGAUAUUCAUUCAAAAUCUAUUUGGAGAGUCUUACAUCUCUAUAAAGCAGUAUGUGCUUCGUGCUCUUCCGAUGGAACAAUAAAAAUAUGGGAUUUGAAAACUUAAAAAAUAAUAAAAAUAUUUAACUCUUUCAAUGAUGCGGUAAAUGAUCUUGUAUAUAUUCCAAAAUAAAAAUUACUAAUUUCAGUAUCGGGUGAUAAUAAAAUAAGAGUAUUUUCUUUAAUAAAUUACAAAUGCAUAAGAAUAAUCGAGGGACAUUUGAAUGCUAUUUACACUUGCCAUUAUGAUCAAUACAACAAUUUAUUACUGACUGCGGGACGUGAGGAGGAAGUAUACGGAUGGAAUAUUUUGACAGGCUAAAAAGUAUUCAAGACGAAAUCAAUACAAAGAUCAAUUUACUCUCUUUAAUCAGUAAGCUGUAAAGAUUCAUUUUUGUGUGGAGAUGAAGGAGGAUCUCUAUCCGUCUUUAGCUAUAGCAGACCACAAGUUUGCAGAAGCCAAACAAUUCACUCUAAGACUAUUUAUUCCAUCAAAGUUUUAAAACUACAAGGAGGCAAUAACAGUAGGGAUAUACAAUUCGUGACUAGUUCAGCUGACGGAUUUAUCAAAAUUAGUUCAUUUGAGACUCUAGAAAUUUUGAAUUAAAUAAAACUAAAUAGCUUUAUAUACGAUAUUUCAAUUCACAUGAAUAGAAUAUUUGCAUAAGUUGGUAAAACUUCUAAUUUAGCGAUAAUUGGAUUAGUUCAAUAAAGAGGAAAUAUUGAAAUCACAACUAAAAUGAUUACUCUAAGCAAUCCUAACAAAGUAAGGUGCUUGCAAAUAAUAAAGGAUUAAAAUAUUAUUUUAUACGAAUCCACACAAAAUGAUAUCAACUACGACAUAAAUAUUGAGCAAUUUUGA